CGUAGUUCUACGUAGGGCCGACAAUCACGUAGGGUGAGGUAACCAGCAUUUAACAAUGCUUUCCACCCCUCCCCUCCACCUCUUCUGCAGAUUUCCCCGUCUUUGCUUUACACCUCUGUCUUCCUUUGAGGUACGGGAUUCUUACUUUAUCUUCUCUUUGCCCUCUUCUCUUGUUGCCCGUCUCAAUUGCUUCCUACUCGCCGGAAGCAAGGUGACAUCCACUGUUUUAUCCUAUCUCGCCUUCUCUCUUCAUUCAGUUUCUGCUUCAAGAAUCUGGAGUCGGCAUCCCUCACAGUCUUCGCUCCGUGAGACAUUGCCUUAUCGAUUGGUUGCCUGAGAAGAUUGCCUUGCUAGAAGCUCUCCGCCUCGAACAAUCCUAUUCGAUUCCCUUCACCCCAAGGCACCUCGUGAGAAACUCCCGCUCGAUAAUAUCCCGAGUCUCGCACGAGGCCUUCCGGAACGGUCCGUUAUUCUGCCCGAACUUUAUUGUUCUUUUUCGUGGUACGCCCAAAUUCCUUUGUUCCCGUCGCGAAUCUAUACAU